UUGUUUAUGUAAGUAUUGUUGAUAGUGGAGUUGCUGAUAAUAAAUUUAAAGCAGAUAAAAUUCCUCUAUGUGUUUCAUGUUUCAAGUUCUCUCUAAAUAUUAAAAAUAAUUUAAAAAUUCAAAAUGAUAAUAUUUAUUUUAGUACUCAAUAUUAUACAUAUA